CAGCAGCGGCAGCGAGGCGGACCCGACGUGGAACUCCAGCAUCAUCGGGGCUCGGCCGCUUCCACGUGCACGGCGGCGGCCAGGCUGGACCGGGUUAUCCGCGUGGGCGACGUGCUCUUCGUGGGCGCGACGGGGGGGGGCCUCAUGGACGUGGGCGCCACAGGCGGCGUCAUGGGCCAUGUGUUGCUCGCCGCGUGCGCCCCGCGGCGCGUGCCCGCGACUCCGCGGAGGGCCGCCCCCUGUGGGGCGCGUGGCCGGCGGGCGUGCCGGAGAUCUGGAAGGUGCGCACGCUGGAGUGCACGCGCCGGCACGCCGGGCUGCACGCGGCGACCCUGCUGCUGUACGCGGGGGCGGCGGACGGCCUCCUGGUGCUCCUGGGAGAGCUGGACCAGGAGAGGAACCUGCUCGAGAUCUGCCAGGAGGCCGUCGAAGUGUGGCAGUGCCCCCAGGAGCUGCGCGCCCGCCUGCCGCCCGGCCUGGCGGUGGGCGUGCUGGAGGAGAUGAAGGAGGAGAGCGACGCCAGCUGGAGCUGGGCCACGGCAGCCCGCGCCGUGCUGCUGGCG